CCGCUUCCCCUGCAGCGGGGGAGCCCCGGCGGCGUGCCGGGGUUGCCGUGAGACCGAGAGCGGCUCCCGCCGGCGGCGGCGGCGGCACCAGCCGGGGGCGGCGGCUCUAGCGCUGCCUCCGCCGUGUCCCCUCCCCGCCGCCGCCGCGCACGGAGCCGCGCCCCGCGCAGCCAGGGCCGGCCCCGCACCGCCCGCGCCCCGCUACGGCCCCGCCCGCGGGCAGCGAGCGCCGGUACAGGUGCGGCGGGGAGCGGCGGGGCCGUGCGGGGAGCGCGGCCGGGGUGCGCGGGGUCCCUCCUGCCUGCUCCGGAGCGGCCGCUGCGCUUGCGGCGGGUUAUCGCGAAUAAAGGCGGAAACCGCGCAGGGAGCCUGAACUUGGUGCCCGCAGGAGUUCAGCGUGGUCUGGAGGAGCCCCGCUCCUGCCGCCGGAGGGUUCCCCGCGCCUGGCGUGCUCCGGUGCGGGCUGGCCGCGGGAGUCCCCGUCUCCUCGCAGGACCCCGCACCGAUGCCGCGGGGAAAGGAUUUCCUCGCCCAGUAUGGAAUAUUAAAGCAGAAAGGAAAACGGAUGAUGCUUUCUGAAGCCUAAGGCAGUCUGUGGCAGUGCUCGAGCUGUGUGUAGCACAGUAGUAAUUGCUGCUUUCAUGGGCCAGGAAUCCACUGCAGCAGGGAGGUAGGCAGUGUGUCAGUACUUGGCAGACUGCUUCAUGCCAGCCUUAAGGUUACUAAUGGUGAUGUGCUGACCCUGCUUCCCUACGAAAGCAGCAGAUCCUCCCAGUGACCUUACAGGAGCUAAGUCGGAGCUCUUGGGGAGGUGUUGAUGGGAGUAAGAGUGAUUCAAGUGACUGACAUGGUGAGUGAUGCACACAGAGGAGAAACAGCAUCCCACAGCACAGCUACAGAGCUGAGCACUUCCCCCGUGAAACCACCUGAGAGCUUUGGUGCUUUCGUACACAUCCUGUAAGGAACAAAUGUCUUCUGAAGGCAAAGCUGCAAGAAACAAAAAGCAGAGUGGCUCUGGGUCUUGAGCUACCUGCAAACAAAAGCCCCAAACUACUGUGGGAUUGCGGGACCAGUGACACAUCUCAAGGAUUAACAGAGUUGAGAACUUGCACAGAACUAAGUGAAACUUUGAAAAAAAGAGGGUUAGAGUUUCCUGCUAUAAAUGAGGAAAAAGGAAGAUGUCAAGUUAAGAGGCUUGGAUUCCUGUAACACCUAAACUGAAGCUGGUGCCUCAUUUCCCUCUGAAACCUGUCGCACCCUGCUGCAGAUGACACCCCCCUGCUGCAACCGGUAGCUACGGUGCGUGGUGAAUGCUGGAAGGGAUUCCUCCUGCGCCUGGUUCCCAGUGCAGCUCUCAUGGCCUGCGACGAACCCGCUGCUCUCUCGGGCAUCCUCACACGCCAGAACUCCACCAGCGCUGUCUCCCUGGACUUCCAGCCUGAUGCUGACUACAAGUUUGUGGAAGCCUUGGAAGACCGGUACAAGUGCGCCUACUGCCACCUCGUCCUUUGCAACCCCCACCAGACGGGGUGCGGGCACCGCUUUUGCCAGCAGUGCAUCCUUGCUUUGAGAGAACUGAACGCAGUACCCACCUGUCCUGUCGACAAAGAGACAAUAAAAAUGCAUGAGGUAUUCAAAGACAACUGCUGUAAAAGAGAAGUUCUCAACUUGCACGUGUUCUGCAAAAACAUUCCUAACUGCAACUCAAAAAUCAUGCUGGGACGGUACCAGGAGCAUCUUCAGCAGUGUUUGUUUGAAAGCGUGCCAUGCACUAAUGAUGGAUGUUGUGACCAAAUUCUUCGGAAAGACUUGGAAGAGCACUUGAGCCAGCACUGUAAAUUUCGAGAAGAAAUGUGUCAGUACUGUAACAAAUACGUGGUGUUGGUUAACAUCAAGAAUCAUGAGAAAAAUGACUGUCCUGAUUAUCCUGUGCCUUGUCUCCACAACUGUUCCCAAACAAUUCUGAAAAAGGAGACUGAAAAGCACCACACUGUGUGUCCCGAGGUGGAAGUGGACUGCCCAUAUAAGCAGUAUGGCUGUCUCGUAAAGGUUAAAAGAGGGAAACUUGCUGAACAUGAGAACAGUGCCCUGAGGGAGCACAUACUGCAGAUUUUAGACAAGAACUCCCAGUUGGAAGAGCAGAUAACUGACCUGUAUAAGAGCCUGGAAUGUAAAGAGAUUAAAAUCCAGCAGCUAGCGGAGGCCAUUAAAAAGUGUGAGCAAGAAUUCAGGCAGUUUACACAACUGCUUGGUAAAAAUAGCAACUUGAUGGUAAGCACACAGGCUCUGGCAAGUCACCUGGAUAAAUCUGCACGCCUGGAGUCGCAAGUGAAACAGCUAAUACAGACGGCAAACCAGCAGCAAAGUAAAUUAGACUUGCAACCUCUGUUUGACAUGAUUGAAAAUGUAAAACAGAAGAUUGCCCUGAUGGAGACAUACGAUCAGCGCUUGGUUGUUUUGGAAGGCCAGUCCAGCAAACACGACCUCCAGAUCAACAUACACAAAGCACAGCUCAAUAAAAACGAAGAACGCUUUAAGCUUUUGGAAGGCACGUGCUACAAUGGGAAAUUAAUCUGGAAAAUCACAGACUACAAGAUGAAGAAAAAGGAAGCAGUGGAAGGCCGAGUCCUCUCCAUAUUCAGCCAGCCCUUCUACACCAGCCGCUGCGGGUACCGGCUGUGUGCGAGAGCCUACCUGAACGGGGAUGGCUCAGGGAAGGGAACGCACGUCUCCCUCUACUUUGUAGUGAUGAGAGGGGAGUUUGAUUCCCUGCUGCUGUGGCCUUUCAAGCAAAAAGUCACACUUAUGCUUUUGGACCAAAGUGGGAAAAAAAAUCACAUCGUGGAAGUCUUUAGAGCUGACCCCAACAGCAGCAGUUUCAAAAGGCCGGAUGGAGAAAUGAAUAUUGCCUCCGGAUGCCCACGCUUCGUGCCACACGCGGUCCUGGAGAACACAAAGAACACCUACAUCAGAGAUGACACUCUCUUUCUGAAAGUGGUUGUGGAUUUAACUGAUCUGGAGGAAUUGUGAAAAGCGUGCCUAAUCAGCGUGACUGCUUUAAUCAUUAAGGAAUGCUUUCUUGGUGACCACCAGCCAUGCAAUAGUGAAUUGCCACUAGUCAAGCUACUGAUAAUGUUUUGAGGCUUUUGGACUGCAUAAAAGACAAUAAAUUGCAAAGCAUCGGGCUUCCCUUUUAUAACCCUUUUUUCCAGACUGCAUUUUCCAGGCAGCUGGAAAUCCAGUUUGAUGCAACAUGCAUUCAAUCCACUCUCGACCCAGUCCAAGCUGGGGGGAAUCCCAUCACUAGACUGGCAUUUGGAGGUGAAACUCCUCCAGUAAGCUCCGUGGAACCCAAGCAGGCCUGUGGGCUCCCAUGCCUCACACAGAACUCAAGCCAUACCCAAGCAUGCAACUGCAUCUCACCUGUCUGAAAUGGAAGCAUUUCAGCAUCAGCACAUUUGAAUCAAAGUACCUUGAUCCCUCCAUCUCCUGGAUUUUUGAAGCAGGGAUCUUGCAUCUUUUUUUGUUUUGGUUUUUUUUCCAGAAAGCCCAGAGGAAGAUGCCAAUGCCCCUUACUUUUCUAGCCUGGUAUCUCAGCUGUAUACAAUACUUCCAGCUCACAAUACCUUUGUUAUGUCCUUUCCAUUCCUGCCUAGUGCCUUGGGACUGAUUUCCACUGGUGGUAAACAUUCACUGUCCCCACUGAAGUCAAAAGAAGUUGCGGGUGCUUCUCACCUCUCAGGACAUGGCCAGAAGCAGGGUCCUCUGCCAGCUUGCCAGCUGGGCAAAGAGGGGCAAAACUCCUGUACUUUUGCUCCCACAUCUGCACAAAAGAGAUGUUUUCUGGCCUACCAGCUCUACAAAAGGCAGGAAAAGCUUUGGAUAUCUGCUUGGGAAAAAGCCCACAUAACAUGCGCUAUUUCACUCUGCUAGGAAUUCAGAUGUUUGGGAAAGAAGGGAGAAAAUGGAUUAGAAGUGAGGUUGCUGUAAGAACCCCAUUCUUACAGGUUGGGCAGCUGUAGUGUUACUUAAAGGGUGAGACAGCCACUGAGUAACAACUGAUGACUGUGAAGCAUGUCUGAAGAUAUUAAGUUUUAUUCCAGGUUCCUUCCAUACUGCAAGGGAAUGUGCGCAUUGUGUGGGAUUUAUUGGAGACACGCUAAACCCACCAACAUCAGGCACUGAGGAACAAGUGAUAACGAGUACACGUGCCUUUUUAAAGCCUUUUGGGUGCCUGCAAGAGGGAUGUAAUUUUGCACACUCGGUCAUUUUGUUGUUGCAAGUGACAGAACGUUGUGUCUCUCAUCUCUCACAAAUCAGGUAGUGAAACACCCCAGCAUUAUCCAUUGCUCCUGCAGUCCACUGGCAGAGCAAACCAGGAGCUUGUCAAGAGACAGCAAGAAAUCAAGCUGGGGUUCAGAGUACCAGUAAACUAGGCAGGAUAAACAUCAACACAGGGCACAGACUGCGAGGUAUGAGGUAGGAAAUUCAAGAGGGCAAAUGUGGCGAAACCAAAAAUCCCUCCUUUCUCUGAGGGAUGUUGAUCACUGAAAUAUGAUUUGGGGAUUGAUAGCAAGAGGAAGGCACAAUACCGUACAUUUUGUAACUGCAAUCUUACUGCUAGACAUUGACUUUUCCACAUGGUUUCUAGGACACAAUUCAGGCACAGAUGUGUUUGAAUUCAGGGGCAGGUUGGUUAUCUGUACCUCACAGUGGGUUAGCACAUCAGAAAUCUUUGGUUUGAUCUACAUGUUCUUUAUGUUGUACAGUGUCAGGACGUACUGGGCCACCACAGGGCUUUCCGUGUUCCCACAGACAGAGGGUAAGGAAUGGAUUUUAUUCCUCUUGUACCGCUGUGACUGACUUUGAGUCAUUUGGGCUGUACAACAGAGACAAUCAGGCCUCAUGUCCCUAACGCUUCAUUACAGAAAGAGCAAGCUUGAUUUGAAAAUGGUGUGGCAUUCUAGGACAUCAAUCCUGAGCCUUGGACGUGGACUUCAUGUCGAUUAUUACUUGAAUAUUUGGCAUGUAGCUUUCAAAGUGGCACAACUUGCAGAAUAACCACUAAAAACAAACGUAUCGCCCGUUUUUCCUGGGACUCUCCAGUACGUUGAGUGUAAAAUAAGAAAGCGAUAAAGAACUUGGACAGUUGAGGGAGGCAAGAUGGAAGGGAUUUGGUCUGUAUGCUGGCACAUUCCCAGCCCUCUCUGCCUCCACCACCCCAAGCGUAAAAUGGGGAUAAUACCACCUGCAGAAGUUAGGGCUAUUUAAAUGUUUGUGGAGAAUUUUGAGCAUGGAAAGAGCUAUGUAUUAUUAUAGCUCCACUUCUAAUAGUUAGAGUCGGUGAUGGCAUAGUGACGUGGAUAAGUGUUAAGUGUGUUCCUGGACAGGUUUUGGAAGCAUGUUUGGUUUUAGCCAGUCCGUACUGCAAUCCUCCUCCACCCACCAGCUGGGUUUAGGGUUUUGCCACAAAUAUUCCUUUUCAAAUUUUGAAGCACAAACUCUUCAUCCUGGGUGAUGGAAACAUCCCUUCUGAAAUAUUGCCUGUUUUAUAAAGAGUUAGGUGAGAAAACGGGAUUUUUUAAAGCCAGCCUUCUUUAAAUUUGUUCUUUUUAUUACAACAAUUGAGAGAUUUAUGUUAAAAUUUCCAGUGGGUUUUUUUGGGUUUUUUUACUACUUGUAAACCAAAUUUUAAAUUUUAUCCCAUUGCUAAUAAGGAAACCAAUGUUGUGUAGCAUGAACUGUCAGGAAGAGUUUUGAUGUUGCAUGAAAAACACCAACAAACUUUCCAAUCCUAUUGUACUGGGUAAGUAACCAAGAGAGCGCAGGGUAUUUCUGCAUCAGCACACAGUCUGUUUCUAAUGUAUUUAUGGACAGUUUGUAGUUGUUUGAAUCUCUUGCUACAAUACAGGCAUUUUUCUAGCCAAAUGUCAUCACUGUACACAUAAACUAAUGUAAGAAUAAAGAAUUUUACCAUC